AUGGGUGAUGUUGGAAAAGGGAAGAAGAUUUUUGUUCAGAAGUGUGUCCAUUGCCACACUGUGGGAAAGGGAGACAAGCAUAAGACUAUUCAAAAUCAGAAAGCCAGAAAAUUUCCAAAAGAGCUGUGUUCACUCUUCAGAAAGACAGGUCAGGCUGCUGGAUUCUCUUACACAGAUGCCAACAAGAACAAAGGCAUCCCCUGGGGAGAAGAUACCAUGAUGGAGUAUUUGGAGAAUCCCAAAAAGUACAUCCCUGGAAUAAACAUGAUCUUUGCUGGAAUCAAGAAGAAGAGAGAAAGGGCAGACCUGAUAGCUUAUCUUAAAAAAGGCUACUAA